AAAAAUCAUUUCUUAAAUUCUUACGAUCGUGUUUUAUGUUGGUUUCUGAAUAAGGGUACCUAAAACUGUAUAUUUUCGACCAAAUAUUACUAAUGGUUGUGUAAUUAAACCACUUAAUAUAAUUUCGAUGCUGAAGUUCCAAGUAUUUGCAUAAUAUUUUUAAUUUGAUUAUGACAGAAGUCGACAAAGAUCGAGAAUUGGAAAGCUUCUUAUUUACUGAAUCAAAAGUAUCGAUAACAGGUGCUGGACCACUCACUAAUAUUUAUUAGAAUGUGCAUGGGACACCCUUCAUCUCCAAAACUGAAGUAUGCAUCAUGAGAUAUGUUGUGAGAUUAAUUGACGCCACUUUGAUAACGAAACAUCUUAUGAAUACAAAAGUCUAGUAGAAAAGUAUACACUAAAACCAAAUUUCAGUACCAAUAAAAAGAUUUGAAGCAAGCAACAAUGUUUUCAUCAAUAAGGAAUUUUUUACAUCGCCACAGAAGGAAGUUCUUCGUCACUGGAGCUGUGAUCGGCUCCAUAUAUCUGUUGUUGAGCUAUGCACAGAAGAGGCUGAGAGAAUGGCAAGAGAGAGAAGCCAAAAAAUUCUUUGAAAUGACCAGAAAGAAACAACAUUUUGAAAGCACUGAGCGUACAUGUAAUCAAACUAUUCUUUCUCUAUCAAAAAUAGUUUCUGAAAGCAUAUUAAACAUUCUGAAUACGGAAGAAAUUGUCCAGAAACUUCAAGAGAAUCCCGACAAUAAGCUUGCACUAUGGGAACAAAUGAAAAUUAUGAUAUUCACCAGAAUAUGUGCACUGGUGUAUGCUUUAUCUAUACUUAAUGUUACUUUAAGAAUCCAACUUAACAUAAUUGGAGGUUAUCUAUAUCGAGACUCUGUACGUGAAGAGGGUCCUUCUAUGAUUGAUAGUGAGUUGCAGGCAAAAUAUUUGUCACUCUGCCACCAUUUUGUUGGUCCGGGGGUGGAGGACUUAGUGAAACAAAUCGAGAAGGCUGUGAAAAGGGUUGUUGAUCCCAUAUCAUUAAAGAAAAAGAUAACUGUGCAAGAAGUGGAACAAAUUUUCUGGUCAAUACAAACUAUUCUUUGUACUGAUACAGAGAAUGGCGAUCCUGUAAAGAAAAUGGUCCACUACUUAGUUAACCAUACAGAAAUAAAUGAAGCAAAGUUUGAUACACUCGUUAAAGAGACGAUGGAUAUCUUGGAGACUGAUGAAGUCAUAUCCAUAUCUGUAUCAACAGUCAGUAGGAGCUUUUCCUCCGUUGUCGACGAAGUGGCUAACUUGUUUGUCUCAAAAUGGGUGCCAACAACUAAGAAUCAUCUCGAAGCUGUCGAUGACCAUAUUGUUACAAACGGGGCUUUAAAAUCUGGUCCCAGUCAGCCGUUCAUCGACGUAAACCAAGUUGACAUGCAUUUUGUGAAACUGUUACCAGUAGUAAAUGAACUCAUAACAAAAAAUACAUGUAAGGGUAACACUAACAUUCCAGAUUUGCUGACCCAACAACUCACAUUGAAUGAAAAGUUGAAGUUGUUGGGGGCGAAUAUAUAUGAACUGUUUAGUAGUACAUAAUUUUAUAUGUUAGUGUAAUUAUCACAAAUUAUUUUAUGCAGUUGGUAUAUAAGUUAAGAUACUAGCACCUAGACAUGAUGCGGCAAGAACAGUGUUGCAUUGGACUAUACGGUAAAGCUUGCAAUUGAAACUCUUACAAUGUUUAUAUUUUUGUGUACUGAUUAAAGUUCAGUAUCCUAACAUAUUGCAAGGAGCCUUUGUAAAAUGAUGCAAAUUCAUUACACUUAUACAUUUUGCUCUCAUCAAUCUUUAAUUUCGUUGCUUAUGUAAUGCAUUUAAUGAGACCAAAAAGUUAUCAGGCACUCAGUAAAAUAUUGAUUUGGGCAUUCAAUGACAAUUGAUUAUUAUUUAUUUUCUGACUGUGUGAAACCUUCUAUUAAGUAUAAUGAUUCUUUAAACAAAAGAAUAGAGACUGCUAAAUCGUAUCUUCAUUUUCUCUCUAAAAACAUACUGGUAAUGGUUAGUUUGUUUAUAUUGUUUUUGGGUCUACAUGUGACUUGUUUAAGUAUAUUUUAAAAUUACAAA